UAUGAAUAAAUUAUGCUAAUCGACUUCAACUUCUGCCGGUGUGUGACGUCACUAAUUAGGUCCUAAAUAUAAAGUAUUGUUAGUGUGUUGCAUGCCAUGCUAUCGGAGCAAUGAAAAGAGUAUUUUCAUCGUAAAAUGGAUGAACAAAAUGUAGAGAAAUGCGGGUCUGUAAUCGGAGAACAUGCUUCAAACACAUUUUAUAAAGCAAUUAAAUUUUCAAAAAAUGGUAAAUACAGAAUUUUGAGCUUGGGAGAAUUUUUCUACAUUAAAAUAACAAAAUUGAGAGAUGUGUGCGUGGGGGAACUGCAGAUGAUUUGGACAAACAAGCAAGAUGAAAAUCAGUUAAUCUGCAGCGUACGACUUUAUUUAUUGCCUGAGCACACCGAUGCUGGUAGGGAGGAACAGCAUGGAGAGGACGAGAUUCUGGGGAUGUCGGAGAAGCUGAUCUUGAAGGCCUGUGACCUGGUCCCCCUGUUAAUGGAGAACGUGACGUGGACGUUUGGUCGGCCUCUGUACCAGGAGCAGGACAUCCAGCCCCAGGGAGAGGAAUUCACUAACAUCUUUGUCUGCAACAAAAAGGGACUUAACUUCUCCGAUGUAGAGAAAGAAAAGGAGGAAAUAGGGUAUAAAGGGGAUUCCACCUCAACUCCGCUUACAAUCCUCAGUUUCGCUCAGUACUGUAGAUACAGGACUGUCCUUAAAAGACUUGAGAAUAUGGUAGACAAAUGGCUAAGAAAUGCCAUUAUUUGUGCCAUUGGUGGAAUUGUGACAAAACACAAGAAUGCCAGAAUUAUGUUCUGUAAAAACACGGUGGAUGUCCCAGAACUGGAUGAUCUGGAGAUUAGAUGUGAUCAUCUAGCUCCUUCACUGAAAGGACGGCCGAGGAAGAAAAAAUCUCUGAACCGGAGUGACUCGGAGAGUUAUGAGACGUCAUCGGAUGUAUCCACGCCUGGCUGCAAAAAAUUUGUUAUGUCGGGAAAGCGUGAAUCAGCCCUACGUAAUGGCUUAAAGUUUGACAAGAGUCAAGUGAGCACAGAGGAACAAGAAUUUCUGUUUAAUCUCCACCGCUUCAUGAAGAAGAGAAACACCCCUAUUUGUCGGAUUCCUUCGCUCGGAUUCAAACAAGUGGACCUGUACUUUUUCUACAGUUAUGCACAAAAACUUGGAGGAUAUGAAAUGGUGACACAGAGGAGGUUAUGGAAACACCUUUAUGACAAGCUCGGUGGAAAUCCAGGAAGUACUAGUGCUGCCACCUGUACCCGCAGACAUUAUGAAAAGUUACUAUUGCCAUAUGAGCGUUAUGACAAAGGUCGUAACAUUGAGAAGAAAACGACCAAACUACCUAAAGAAGAGCCGGAGAGUAAAGACAGGGAGGACAACUCUUGUAAGACAGAGGAGGACCAGGUCAAACCUCGGAGGAGAUUUAAAACCACUCUGACGCUCAGACAAAGGGCAGAGCAGUGGGAACAAAUCCGAAAGCUUAAGGAGAGGCAAAAAACCAUCAAAGGAAGAAAACCAGGCAGGCCAAGAACAGUAAAGAAUUUGCUAGACAGCUCAGAGAAAGAAAAGACACAGGCCAUCACACCCUCCAGCAUCAAGACGGAGCCCCUAAGUAAAGAGGAGACAACAGACCCUCCAGGGGAAAGGACUGAAGGUUCGGUCAAGGUCAAGGAGGAAAGGGAAAGUGAGCCAGAUAGUGAAUCCAGUGCCAAUGUGUUCAGCCAAUCAAAACUCUUCCAACAAAACUCUGUGGAAGGAUCAUCUAGUGCUAGCAUGAGUCACUCUAAGGCCAUGGAACGAGGAGUCCCAAACAUACCGGUACAUCAGGCAGCUAUGUUUUACCCACAGACAUUUAUCCCCCUUGGUGGACUUCAUCCAAUGGGACUGCCUAUCAUGAAUCAGUUACCCAUGGGAAUGCCAAGGUUCUUUAGUCAUCCAUCAUUAGCGCCAGGCUCUUCUGAUAAGCAGCAUUCAUUUCGUCCAAAUAUUCUCAGAAAUUCCCAUAAAACAUCAUCUCUAGAAAGCCGACCAGCUCAUGUCUCAUCCAAACACUCGAGUUCUUCAUCAUCACAGUCCCUGGACCUACUCACAUCAACGCAUACUCAGAGUCGACAGCCAACAAGCACAUCCCCAUGUUCCUCAGGAGGGUCCUCCCCCCAUACACUCAUGGUGCCCCCCGCUCACUCUAAUGGACUGAAAAGACACUACUCAUCAGGUCAGCUCCACGUUCCUAAUGCUUCAGGGUCAUCUUUUGCCAACAAGUCACUGUUAUUUGACUUUGAGAGUCCCAAACGUCAGAAACUGGACUUAGUUACCAGUAACAAAACAGACUGCUCUGAUGAGCCUACUGACUUAAGUAUGAAAACUCUGAAGAAGAAAGAGAAUUCAGAGACCAGUGAGAGAAACAGUACCCCCGGUUUAUCUAGGGAAACCCCGGAACGUCUGGUCAAGCGGGAGAGGUCUCCUGCUCUACACCGGGUCCAAACUUGUCCAGCGGGAUUGGAACAUCCUCUUGAUAUUCCCCACAGUGUGUUCAAUAAACGACCCUCGUCUGUGUUCAGUCCUGCUGUUUAUCCCAGUAGCAAUAUGGUGGAACUAAGUAAAAUACCGUCAUCCAAUUCACAAUCUCAGGAAGGGACAAAAUCAGUUAAAAUGGAGGAUAAGUCUCAGGAAGCUAGAUUGUCAAGAAGUGCUCUCAAGGGUCCCGAAUCUCUGAGUCCCAGAAUGAAGGACGGUCUGCCAGAUCUCCCCCCGGGGAUGGUCCACCCCGCCUUCCUACACCCCAUGAUGCGACCCUCAGUCCCCCUUCCCCAGGCAGGCUUCUUCCCCAUCCCCCUACAAUUACAACAGUUGUACCAGGCCCAGCUGAGGGCUAGUGCUGCCUAUGAUGGGUUAUUACAACGAGACCACACAGCAUUUAACAAUGUACCCAUGUUUGUUCCUCAGAUGCCAGUGUUCUCACAGAGAGACAAGAAGUGACCGUGUGCAAUGUAUAUCUAUAGUCCUUAUCCAAGUGUGUGUAGAGAAUAUCUAUAGUACACCAGAAAUACUACUAAUCUCCAUAUAAAGAGUACAACGGAGUAUUUUUCAUUGACUUCUACGAAUUUUCCUAUGUUAAUGCAAUUUAUAUAUACAAUGAAUGUAUAUUUAUAUACAUGUCUACAGUAACUUACAACUUUGUGAACAUCAAACUACAAAUGAAGUACAUAUGAAUGAGAAAGUCUAGUAUAAAAAAUACAAAAAGGUUCAAGAUUUCCCCUCUUAACUUAUAUUAUGUUUGAAAUCUCUCUUGACGAUUGUUUAAAAAUGGAGAAUGGUGUUUGGACUGUUUCUAUAGUACAAUAUUUCUGCUACAUUGUCAUAUGUUAAUUGUGUUUAAAACUUCAAAUGUAUGUUGAUUUUUUUUCUUAUUGUCAUAUCUUUGUAUGCUAUAGUAUUUCUUGUUUUUGUUUUUGAACUUUUUUAUUUCUAUAAAAUGUUAUAAUACCAAUAGCGAUCCUAGCAUAAUACAGAUUUUCCCUUGCUUUAUCAGAGUGACUUUAGUCAGUAGACAUUGUUUGGAUGAGAUUAGAGGGGGAGUUAGCUGUGAUGAGAGGAGCCUCCCACUUCUGUAUAGGUCGUUACUAUGACAACUGUAAAUGCCCAUAUUGUGAUUUCUUUGUGCACAAUGUUAUGAAGCCAUUACUUGGAUAUAAAAUG